AUGACCCAGCUACGACAACGACAGGUGCAACCAAUCACCGCCACCGAGCGGAUGAGCCGCCUCAAGGAGUACACCGUGUACUCAAAGCUUGGCCAGGGCACGUUCGGCGUGGUGCAAAAAGCUAAAGACUCCAAAGGGAGAAUGGUCGCUUUAAAGCAGUUGUUGAACCACAGCGCCAAGGAAGGGUUCCCCAUCACCGCCAUGCGCGAGAUCACCAUCUUGAAACGGCUAGACCACGUCAACGUCCUCAAGAUCAUCGACAUGAUCUACGAUGAGCCCAAGGUGCUGAACCCGCUGGAAUUGGUGACCACUCGCGGCUGCUUCUACACGGUGCUGCCCUACAUGCUGAGCGACCUCGUUGGGCUAUUGGAAAACCCUAAAGUCCACCUCGAAUUGCCCCAUAUCAAGUGUAUCCUCAAACAACUACUUUGUGGCGUCGACUACCUCCACCACCAGCACUUCCUCCACCGUGACAUCAAAGCAGCUAAUAUUUUGCUUGACGACCACGGGGUGGUGAAAAUCGCCGAUUUUGGUCUUGCUCGUACUUACCACGGCAAACCUCCGGGGGUUGGUACUGGUCCUGGCGGCGGCGAACGCGCCUAUACUGGUCUUGUGAUGACUCGAUGGUACCGAGCCCCGGAGUUAUUGCUUGGUGAAGUUAAGUAUACUACGGCGGUGGACAUGUGGGGCGUCGGGUGUGUAUUUGGCGAGUUGUUCACCCACAAGCCGAUACUUGUCGGUAAGCUGGACGCCCACCAAGUACAAUUGGUAUUCCAGCUCUGCGGACCGCCUACGGACUGGAGCGGGGCGGUAAAGCUCCCUAACACUGCUGGCUACAACGUGGGGCUCACGUGUAAGCGGACACUUGAGGCCCGCUUCGACAAGCUUAUGCCGCCGGAUGGGGUCGAGCUUUUGAGCCAGAUGCUUAAACUUGACCCCCAUAAGCGGAUAACCGCCCGGGAGGCGUUAUCGCACAAGUUCUUUACUACGGAGCCGGCGGUGAUCGAGCCGCACCAGCUCCCUAAGUUUGAGGAGUGUCAUGAGAUUGAUAAAGAGCGGUUUAAGAAGAUGGCUCGGGCGCCUACCGUCACCAGCUACAAGCCGUUAAAACCUCAACCAACCACCUGGGGAGUGGCGGCGGCGAUCGCCCGCGAUACCCCGACCCCCGAGCCGACACCGCUUAAGUCGAUGCCGCCGUCAGAACCGCGAGAGAUGAGAGGGUCGCUGUGGGGGGCCGACGGGCCUUCACGAAAAGCUACGCCGGAGAUCCGCAAACGAACUCCUGAAGUUAGUGAGGGUAACUCUCGCGAUUACCAGGCAAAACCGCUGGCACCACUGACAGAGGCGCUGGGGAUCUUUAUGAGCCGCAAACGGCGGGUGCCGCCGCCGGCUCCUGCUGCUAAGCGAGCCAAACCGCCACUGGAAGCGUCGUCAAAAGACAACAAGUCCCCAACUACUAAAGACGGUGACGACUCCGAAGACAUUGACCUCGACGAUGAGGAUGCGAUGGCAAAGAUCUUGGACAGCUAA